ACUCAAUUUGUAUAAUAGCAAACAAAAGGUUACCGGUUCGAGCCCCGGAAGACACACAAAUCUCUUGCUAUUGUGUCAGGAUGGAGGUAAAAAAAAAAAAAAAAAAAAGAAGAAAGUAAUCUUCCAAAUCAAGCGUGAACAUGAGAGCGGCUGAACGCAACCCCCUCUGUGCUCCACAGACCUGCUACAUUUGUUUUUGUCGAGCAGAUGAACCGACAGAGGGCAGGAAACCAUCAAAGACACAAAGUCCAGUGUUUGCAUUUCAUAUGCGGGCAGAACAGUUUGACUUCAGCCCGUCUGUGGCCGCAUGUAGAGGAUGAAGGGGAAGCUGGCAUGCAGAGAAGAAACGGCCUUUUAGUCUCUCUGCGAAAUGUUUCAUCAUUUGUACUGUGACGAGGAGGGGAACAAGGAACCAGUACACAUGGAGGGUGAGAAGGAAGGAGUCGACUCUGAGACCAUGUGUAGCGAAGACCUCAGACUGGUCCUUGUUGGAAAGACCGGAUCUGGCAAGAGUGCAUCUGGGAACACCAUCCUGGGCCGCAGGCAGUUCCUGUCACAGGUCAGCGCCAGCUCUGUCACUCAGAUUUGCGAGAUGGGAAACACUGAGCUCGCUGAAGAAGAUGGCCGGGCCGUCCCACAGAGGAGAGUGAGGCGAAUCAUGGUUGUUGACAUGCCAGGCUUUGGAGACACUCACCUCAGUGUGGAGCAGAUUCAUGCAGAGAUUGCCAAAUGCGUGUCUCUCUCUGCCCCUGGCCCCCACGCUUUCCUCCUUGUAGUGCCAAUAGGACGAUACACAGACAACGAGAACCAGGCUGUUUGUGAGCUGGCCAAGAUAUUUGGGGAGGAUGCUGUAUUUCACCAUACAGUGGUUCUUUUUACAAGGGGGGAUGACCUAGAGGGAAUGGGGAUAGAAGAAUAUCUGAACAUGACUGCACCUCCUGGGCUGAGGGCUCUGAUAGACAAGUGUGGGGGUAGGUACCAUGUGCUCAACAACAAAGACCCCAGUAACACAGCACAGGUUAAAGAGCUCUUGGUGAAGGUAGACAGUAUGGUGAGGCAGAGUAACGGAGGGUUUUAUACUAACAUUAUGUUUUUAGAGGCAGAGGCUGCAAUCAGGGAGGAGCAGAAUAGGAUUUUGCGAGAGCGAGGGCAAGCAGAUGGUGAAGACCAAGAAGGAAGUAACUGCAGAACUGAUGAGGGAGCUAAACUUGCAAAAAGAAGGAAAUGUGUUUUAGAGUCUGACAUAGCAGGAAGCAGCGAGAGAGGAUUACAAGAGCUCCAGAGGAAAGGGGUAGAAAGAGGAAGUGAAGAUGAUCUUAGGGUGGAGAAAUGGGCAAAGGAGAGCAGAAGCAGUCCUUUCAGCCUGCUGAGAGACCAGAUCAGAGGCCGACAUCAGGGCCAUGGCAGAGCUGUCAGCCGGCGGCCAUCUGUUCGGUCGUCACUAAUUCGUUUCAGGAGGGAAGCCGCGCUCUCUCCCAUGGUGCUGGAGAGAGUUAAGGUCCUGGUGGCUGCUGGAGCCACUGGCAUGGCAGUUGGGGCAGUUUUUGGAGCGGCUGCCCCUUUGGCAGCCGCAGCUGGGGCAUCUCUUGUUGGGAACUCGGUUGGUUUUGCUGCAGCUCAGUUAGCUGGGAUGUCUGUGGCGGGAGGCUCAGGUGUGGGGAACGCCGUGGGCGCCAUAGUGGCAGCAGCCUCGGGGAAAACUGCAGUGGCUCUAGGCGCAGCAACAGGUGGCGUUCUGGGUAGUUCUGUUGGAGUCAUUGCUAGCGCUGAGGCUUCCAGUCCUGCAGAAGGUGCUUUAGAUACCCUCAGCCAGGUUAGUAUCAUAGGGGCCACUGCAGUCGGGGUGGCGGCCGGUGUGGGAUGCACCAUGGCAGGUGGGGCUGCUUUAGGAGCAGCUCUGGAGGGAGCAGCUGCCCUCGGUGGAGCUGAAACUGCAGCAGCAGCAGGAGUAGCUCAGGGUAGUUUAGUGUCAGGAGCCACUGGGACUCCUCAGUGUGCUGCCGCCUUAGCUCAGGAAGUGGCCGCUGGUGCUGUGUGUGGGGUAACAGGGCCCAGUGUGGCAACAGCAGCCAGCAGGGUUGCAUCAGACCCGUGGGGCACCAUGUCGACAACAGCGCGCAUCCUGAGCGCGGUGGCCGAAAUCGGCAAAGCUGCAGCCGGCAUCGCCCUCGCUGGUGGUCUGGUGGUGAAAGUGGUGAAGGAAAAAGUGAGAAGCGGCACAGGAACGACGGAGGCUUCCUACUCAGAGAAGAAGUCUUAUGAAUUCUACUGGAACAAAUAAAUACAGGCUGAGCGUAGAGUCCAAAUCCAGGAUGUAAGAGAUUUAUUUUUCCACCUUCACAAGUAAACACCACACAACACAGUAGCUUACUGCAGUGAGGGAUAUUUUUACAUGGAUGUAAAUGAUUAAAGAUGCACUGCUAGCAACAACAUCUGUGUAAUAAAGUUGUAUGCGGUAUUAAUAUGAAACCACUUUUUGAAAGAAAAGGUAGAAAUUUCUUAUUCUAAAUGUUGGUUCAAGCCGAGGCUGAAUAAUCCAUGACAUUUGCACUUGUGUGGGACGACUGAAAGACAUAUUAGAUGGGUGUUGAUUCUGUUGUUUCUUAUUUUUAAACAUGUUCAUUUCAUUGCUGGUUGGUAUUAAAACACACUUUAGUCCUUGAGCACACAUCAUACUUAAAAAAAUAAAUAAAUACAGUGAGUAUUAUAAACAGAAAAAAGUCAUCUUAAGCGCCUCAUCAGUUUCCAUAAUGAAUGAUAUGCAACGAUUGGCUGGGUUUAUUGUCACGUAAUAUGUAAACCGGGAGAGUUAUCCAGUUAUGUAUUAACACAGGUUAAUACAGGCAACACAUCUGCUGGAAAUGAGUCAGCAGUUCACUGAUGUGUUCAUGUUUUUGCUGUGAAAUAAAAAAAAUACAAAUAUUGUUGCAAGAA